CGCCCGGACUACCCAGUCUCGAGUCGCGCGCACUCGUCGUCACGGCCGCAGUCCGUGACAGAACGCGUCGGACGCGCCGCGUGACGGCGACGGAGCGUCCCGGUGUCACGCGCCCGGUGUGACGCCCACCUUCGCGGCGCUUUCCAGCGGAGAGAGGUGACGCUUGACCGUAGGCUGGUGUUGGUUUGGUACUGUUGUGCGUUUGGCGUUGUUGCGCAGUUUUUUAUUCGGAGGGCAAUCCUCGCAGCGCAAGCCUGCCCGGGCGUCUGGGUUGACUCACUUGAGUGCUUUUUACUCGGUGCGUGUGUGCUGCGUUGCCUCACAGUGACUCACAGAGGCACAGUGAGAGAGCCGCUGAGGCCCAGAGGUCACAGGAGACAUCGGACCGUCUGUGCCUGAGGUCGACUCGACACACGAGGCAGAGCGGGUCAGUGGAUAAGACGGUCCGUUGCAGUAGCCGACGAUGGCCUCGUGCAGCGAGAUCUACAACCGGUGGUGGGUGGUCACCCUGAUGCUGUGCUCGUACGGCUUCUUCAAGGAGAUGCGACCCUCUGAGCCCUACCUCACCGAGAGUCUGACCAAGUACAACAAUGUCACCAAACAGGAGGUGUCGGAGCAGAUAUACCCCGUGUGGACGUACGCCUACCUGGGCCUGCUCGUGUUCGUCUUCCUUCUGACCGACAUGGUCCGCUACAAGCCCAUGAUCAUAUUCGAGGCGCUCGGAUACAUCGCCACAUGGACACUGCUCAUCUGGGGCAGGGGAGUCGUCCAGAUGCAGCUGAUGGAGUUUAUGUACGGCAUAGCCACGUCGACUGAAGUGGCUUACUUAACCUAUAUCUACGCGCGGGUGGACUCUUCACUGUACCAGCGGGUGACGGGAUACGUUCGCGCCGCCCUGCUGCUGGGACGGUUCGCGUCCGGCGUUCUCUCGCAGUCGCUGGUCAGCUCCGAAGCGCUCAACUUCUUCCAGCUCAACUACAUCUCCUUCUGCUCCGUCACAGUGGCGUUCUGCAUCGCCGUCUGCCUGCCGACCGUGAAGCACAGCAUCUACUUCCACAGGCAGGCAGCGGGAAACUGGAAGCCGGACGCGUCUGUAGAGGACGCUAGUGACGCGCCGGAAGGUGGCGCUGACAAGCAGCCGCCGCAGUCUGCCGAGACCGAGGGAUCCACUGAGCAGCUGACCGACCCGGGCCGCCGCUCGUGCUGCCGGUGGCUUCAGGACGCCGGCGGGUACAUGCUGGCAGACUUCCGCUCGGCCUACUCGUCGCCUUCGGUGGUCCAGUGGUCGCUGUGGUGGGCGUUCGCGACCUGUGGCAACUUUCAGGUGGGCAACUACGGACAGCCCCUUUGGGAGGAGAUCGCGCCCUGGGAGGACUUCGACUCCGAGGGCGCCCUCUACAACGGACUGGUCGAGGCGUCCAACACGCUGCUUGGCGCUCUGGCGGUCUCCACGAUCGGCCACCUCCGUCUCAACUGGGAGUUUCUCGGCGAGCCCGUUCUGGCCGUGUUCUCCUGUAUCGCCGGCUCCCUGCUGCUGACCAUGGCACUCACCUCCUACAUCGCAGUCGCCUAUGUCACCUACGUGUUCUUCCGCAUCAUCUACCAGAUGCUCAUCACCAUCUGCAGUUUCCAAGUGGCGAAGGCGAUUCCCAAGGACAGCUACGGCCUGGUGUUCGGCAUCAACACGUUCAUGGCGCUGGCGCUUCAGACCAUCCUGACCACCGUGGUAGCCAGCAAGGCGGGAUUCGCCCUGACGCCCCGGCCUCAGUUCCAGGUGUACGGUGGCUACUUUCUGGACCUGGGCGUGCUGUUCGUGCUGCUGAUGGCCAUCUCAAUUCGCCAGCUCGGCUGGACCGCCUGGAAGUCGCAGCCCGUGUGGCUACCCAGAGAACCGGCGAGCACACAGCUGGCUGAAGAGUGAGGGGUGUCGGUCGAUUAAUGGUCGUGUUUCGUGCGUGACCCCAGAGCGGCGGCGAAGUCUGUCACUGAUUUAAAUAAGAGUAACGACUGACGAAGCAUAAUGUGACGAGAACAAAACGAUCUCACCUAACGAUAGCUUAUACAUAUACGCCGCUAUUGGGUGUAAUGUAUUACGGUUAAUCUCUGGUAGUGUUACUCGACGCUAAAUACAGGUAAGUAUGCCGGCGCUGUAAAAGUGCGGUAGUGUGAUUAGUGAGCGUCUGUGGAGCAAGAUGAACAUAAUGUAUAUAUCUUGGAAAAGUAUAUUGGUUGAGUAGUACACGAAUAUUACCAAUAAACAAUUAGGUACAUAAAUGACAGACCGAUUUCGUCUUACUUCGAUAGCGCCUAUUUUAAUUAUAAGUAGUACGUAUUCAAAAAGCACUGCUGAAGUCGUAAGACGAUUCCGGUCCGCUAUUCAUAUAAUUGUUUAUCGACAAUAUUAUUAUACUGCUCAACUACUAUAAGCAAUAUGCGAGAGGAUUGAGGAACUUUGUUCCACCCUAUGGGAAGGGCUGGAGAUUUUACCAACCGUUUAACUGACAGCCCAAGUGAAUUAAACCGCAGAGGUGUUCGUCCUGUGUCGGGCACUCAGCACGAUCGCUAUCUGAUGCGUGAUUUUCUGAGUUUAUUAUCAAACGUGAUAAGUGAUGACAAAUGACAACCUUGUGACGUGAGUGCAUAAUGCAUAUUGUAAAAGGAAUGAAAUACAUUGUUAUCGAUCA